AUGAAGGCGAACUUGUCUUCCCAGAUCGAUGACGAGCCUAGCAUUGCGGGACUCAGCAGCGAGGAUGAGGAGGAUAUCAAGGAGUUCAAGAAUCCAAAGUUCCGAGACCUGGUGGAGGCCUAUCGACAAAACCUGGCCUUGCUGGUCCAGGAGAACUGCCACCUCCGGGAGGAGCUCGGACUGGACUUGGAGACACCGCUGGACUGGGAGUCCGAAGAUGAGUCGGAGGCACCGGAGAACGGCGAGGAAGCCGCGGCCCCUGCGCUGCUCCGCAGCCGCUCGGCGCCGGUCAACGGCUCCCCGAGCGCCUUGGAGAUGGAGAUUCGAAAGUCGAGUUCCUGUGGCAUCUCCAGAUUCCAGGUUCAGCCGCAGUUCCUGCACACCCCGCUGGACACUGCGACGGAGAAGCAGUUUAAGGCCACGCUGGUGCAAGAUCUCCGGCGCUUUGCGGAGGCGCAGAACAUCGGAGACCAAUCCGAAGAGCCCCGCGAGACCUUGUACGACUGGCUGGUGCAUGCGUUGAUCACCUUCAGGCUCCCGAUGAGUCCCAACGCGGAGCUGCCGUUGGCCUGGGAUAUCUUAGGCCUGCUCUUCAUCGCGUACGAUGUCUUUGCCAUCCCCUUGCAAGCCUUUCCGCUGUCGGAGGACGGCUUCAUUGACGCAAUGGGCUGGAUCACCUUGUGCUUCUGGACUGCGGACAUCGCGAUGAGUAACAUGGUGGGCUUCUUUGACGGUCCGCGGCUUGUGAUGCAGCAGUACCGCAUCACACUGCGCUACUUGAAGACCUGGUUCGUCCUGGAUUGCGUUGUGGUGAUACCUGACUGGUUCACUCGCUUGGCGCAGGACGAUAGCUCGGACUUGCUGGCCAGCCUGGGCCGCAUCUUGCGCUCCGCGCGGGCGGUGCGGGUCAUUCGCCUGCUGCGACUCCUGAAGCUCCAGAAGAUGAUGAACAAGAUUUAUGACUUCAUAGACUCGGAGUAUUUGUUCAUUGUCAUGGACAUCCUGCGCCUGCUGCUCUUUAUCGUGGUGCUGAACCACGUCAUCGCCUGCCUGUGGUAUAUGGUGGGCUUCAUAGGUUACGAGAACCGCACCUACAACUGGCUGGAGUACACCGGGUACACCCAGGUGAUCCAGGGCGGCGUGCUGUGGCAGUACUUGACGGCGCUGCAUUGGAGCCUGACCCAGUUCACUCCGGCAGGCAUGGACGUCUACGCCCGGAAUGUGCCGGAGCGCAUCAUGUCGGUGAUCGUGCUGGGCUUCGCGGUGAUCAUCUUCUCCUCGGUGCUCGCCUCCGUGAGCGCAUCCAUGACGGCGCUUCGGAACCUGCAGGGCGACGCGAAGAAGCAGUUCUGGCUGCUGAGGAGAUACCUGCGGAGGAAGAAGGUGUCCGUAACGUCCCGGGUGCGCAUCAUCAAGUUCUUGGAACAUGUCACGAUGAUCCAGGCCAGGACCGUCAGGGUGCCUGACGUGAAGCUCUUGAAGAGGCUUUCGGAGCCAUUGAAGGAGCUGGUGGAUUAUGAGAUCCACAAGGGGACGGUAAAGUUCUACCCCUUCCUGGACUACCUGAGCAACGUCUUGCACAGUGUGGUAGUGAAGCUUUGCGCCACUGCCGUUCAGCAGGUACAGUUUGCCUUGCAGGAUUGCAUCUUCCGCAGCGGCGACCUUGCCGCAAGCAUGUACUUUAUUUGCAGUGGCAGGGCCAAGUACGUGUGGCCUGGCUCCGAUAGCUUGCAGGAGCUUUGGGAGGGCCACAGCCUGGCAGAGGCGUGUCUUUGGACGCACUGGAGCCACCGGGGUGUUCUGGUGGUCGCGCAGCAGCCGACGCAGCUGCUUUUGCUGUCGCCCACCGGCUUCGCGGACGUGAUGCGCAUGAGCCAGUGCUGCUACGUCCUGUGCAGGAGAUUCGCCUUCAGCUUUGUGGCGCUGUUGAACGCCGGGGAGAACAUGGGUGGCAAUUCCGAUCUUCCCUGGGACAGCGAGCUCAUCACGCAGCUCACGGUGGACGCGGCCGAAGCCAGCGGCCUUUCGGGCAUCAGGCCGCCGCCGAGGGUGAAGAAGCGCCGGAGGUCCUCCCUCUUCUCCAAGCGCUCGGAGUUCCGAACAGCCUGGCCAAAAGGGGAGUGCCAGCCUGACGAGAAGCGACAUUCGGAGCUCACAUUUGCCUUCCUGUUUGUGGGUCAGGUGGACAACAACCAGCUGGAGACUUUGGGCUACCUGGGCUUUUUGCCCUCCUUGGAGCGCUUGCAGGCCAGCCCCUUGCUGAAGACGCUGGAACUGGCUCGGGGCCGAGCGCAGGCGCGAAUUGAAGGGGUCAAGGGCGGAUGGAAGGCUCGGCUCGGGAGUCGGGAGGCCUUCGACGAAAUGGGCCGGGCGAGCCUUGGCCAGAAGAGUUGGUCGGGUCAGUUUGGCAGCUUGGGCAGCUUGGGCCAGGACAACGGCUUAGACGUGAGUUUUGUCAAGGAACAGGAUGAGAUUCAGCGUUCCUUCGGAACGGCCAACGCCGCUUGCGGCGUUCUGACCAGGCGGCGUUACACUGGUUCCACCCUACGAGCGAUGCAAGGGGUAGAGGUGGUCUUGGGGUGGCUCGUCCUGGACUCCAUUGUCAGCUUUUCAAUGCUGGUCUUCUACAUUGUCUUCCGCGACAUCGCAUCUCUUGGCUUGCGGCACUCCAAGCGCCUCUGGCUCAUAGGGCUGGUGCGCCUGAGCGUGCUGGCCUUCUCGGUUCACGUGGUCUUCCACAGGAGGCAUGCCAAGGGUGGGAUGUUUUUCACCCUCUUCCUUCUGAACGCGUUGGUCUUCACCUUGUUCAUCUUCCCCAUAGAGAGGCUGGAGUGCGACUGCCGGGUGGCCACCUGGUCUCAGUGCAACGCUGCUCAGUCCUUCAGCUUCUCAGAAAACGACAGGUACAACGUCUACCGGCCUAAGCCCGUUCAUGAGGGCGACCCUUGGCAGGAGGCUGGGCCGGACCACCGGAUGAAGGAGAUCCAACCACCAGAGGUGGCGGACGUCUUGUCGCCUCCGUCGGAGGAAUCUUUGAUGCAGAUGCAGGAGUCCGCUUCCAGACGGCUGCCCAAGCGGCUGAUGGGCCGCAGCGUGUUGGCGCUGCAACCCGAGCCCAAGCCCGAGGAGACACAGAACACACAGCAGCCGCUGCCGACGGAGAAGCCCACAGGGGGCAAGCUGAACGUCACCCAGGCAGCCAGCCCUGCGACGCCAGCCGCGCCGGAGAAGCCGCGGAUGGAUCCAACGGCUCGGAUCCGGGAGACCUCCACGGCAUGCCACCGGCUCUUCCCGGACGGGGUGCCCACGGACCUGGACCUCGAGGACGCCACUGUUAUGAACAACGUGACGGUGAUCGCGAAGCUCAGGGAGCACUUGCCGGCAGAGGUCCAGGAGGAGAUUGACGCCUUGGAGCGGGACCAGGUCCUGGACUUCUUGCAGGACCUCUGCGACGACUUCACGGUGAGGAAGAGCACCCGGGCCGCGCCCAAGCGCCAACUGCAAAUGUCCGAUUUGACCCCACUGCCAGUGGAUCAACAGAUGAGCAAGUUGGAGUCACACUUCAGGAAGAGCUGUCGCUGCGAGAAGGCGGACAGCUGCAACUACUACCACUACGGGGCUCGCCCCACGCUCUGGUGCUACGUGGACAAAUCUUCCGUUCCCUUUUGCCAUGAGGAGGGCAUCAUGCUCUUCAAGGCCCGGGACGGGAAGAUCUGGAGCCUGGACAUCUGCACCGAAGCCACCUGCAAAUGCGCGGGCCUUGGCAUGCCGCCGGAGGACGGCGCCGUGGUGGACAAGAGCAACCCCUUGAUCCAGCAGAACGAGAUCUUCUACGGCGCCCAGUGCGCCAAGUGGCGCAGCUCGGACAAGUUCGAGUGGUGCUUCGCAGGCUUGGACACCACCUGCUUCAACCGGGAUCGCCCCGUGCCGCCGGACUACAAGACCUCCUCCUUUCACAAAGGCAUGCGGUAUAUGUUUCAGUCCAUGGAGCCCUGCAAAAGGAACAACCUCUCCCAGGACGUGGGCGGGCGCCUGGAUCAUCCCUUGCAAGUCUGUGAGUAUUUGCAGGUCGCCUUGCAGAUCUUGCUGUGGACCCAUUUCGCCUUCUUCUUCCCCAUGGGCGGCAUCAUCUUUAAGUUUGUGUCCAAUCGAUGCGGCGACAUGGUGGUGACCGAGGAACAGUUCGACCCCACUCUCGCCAGCGACACGGACUCGUCCGCCAGCACUGAAAACCACGAGCGCCGUGACAGCUUUCAGGCGUUCCAGCACAACGAGGUCGAGGAUGAGGCUCUCAGAGAUCAGGACGAGCGAGACCAGCGCGACGGGCGAGACGAGCGCGAGCAAGACAACCCGCGCAGCCGCGCGCGAUAA